AUGCCUGAGGUGUACCGCGAGUCCCGCUACAUGCGGGAGCGGGACCGGGACACGUCCGACACUGAGGAUGAGCGUUACAAGAGGACCACAGUUCGCCGCUACAAGGUCGCGCCAGACCAUGUAGAGCGGGUCGAGCGUGAGGUGGAUGUGGUUGAGGAGGAACGUCGCGGCCGCUAUGCGCCCGCCCGCCGCUCCAGCCGGGAUGAGAUCGUUGAGGUCGACCGCCGCGUCGAUCGCCUGUACAUUCCUGAGAGACCGCGGUCCACAAUCGACCCAUCUCCCCACAGCGCAACGUACGUCGAGCGCCAGGUGUAUGAGCGUGAGCGCGAGCGCGAGCCCAGAGACGAGCACUACACCCGUGUCGACCGGGUCGAGUAUCGCGGGGAUGGCGCCCGAGGCGCCGUGGUCGAGCGGGAGCGGGUUGUCGAGCGCGAUGAGCGCGAUGUGUAUUCGCCCGAGCGGACGCGCACCGUGGUCGAGAGAGAGAUCGUCGAGCGGGACCGUGAUGUUUACUCGCCAAGGGAAUGGGAGCGACGCUCCUACUGGGACGAAGACAAGGACACUGAGGUGCGCGUCGAGAGGAGGAUUGAGCGCCGGGAUUCGCAUGGCAACGAAAUUCGCGUAGAACGUCGGGUGGAGGAGCGCCGCGAUGAGGGAGCGGAGGUCGAGCGCUACCGGAAAGAGACCGAGUACUAUGAGCCAGCUCCGCCGGCUCCCGCUCCCAUCGUCAUUCGGCAGCGAGCUCCCGAACAAAAGAUCAUCCUCCAGGAGGCUCCACCGGCAACCGUUGUCAUUCGAGAGCAGCCAGAGGCUCGGGAGGUGGCUGUUGCUGCUCGUGGGGGCCGCGACGGCGAGUACUACUAUCAUCGCGAGUCUCGGGAAGUUGGGCCUUACCGUGGAGAGCGCCGCGAGGAGGAGUAUGCGAUCGCUCGGUACGAGGACGAUCAUCGGCACCGUCAUCAUCACCACCAUCAUCACCACCGACGUCAUCACCGCGAGGCUUACAGUGACGCUGAAUCCGAUGACGGGUACUAUGUCAAGCGCACCAUCGUCCACCGAGAGCGCAGCGCGUCAAGUAGCCCGCACCGUAAGCGUCAUAUUGCUGAAGGCGCUCUUGCUGGAGCCGGCAUCUCUGCUCUUCUCGCUUCCCGGCGCGAUAAUAACGGUGAGUUGAAGCAACACAGAGGCCGCAAGGUUCUCGCAGGCGCUGCUCUCGGCGCCAUCGGCACUGAGGUCGCCCGGCGUGCACACAGUGCAUACCAGGAGCGGUACGGAUCCGAUGAGGAAAGAGAGCGCUCCAGGUCGCGCUCACGGCCGCCGCAUUCCAGGCUCAAGACGGGCCUAGGCAUCGCGGCCGUUGCUCUCGCAGCCGCCGGCGCCGCCAAAUACUACCAAAGCAGCAAGAUCGAAAAGGAAGAGAUGACCCGCGGUCGUGCUCUCCAUCGUGACAGCGACAGCGACCGAUCGCCCAGCGGCAAGCGAUCCAGGAGCAGGGCUUCGUCGUUAGCCAAGGCCGGCUUGGGUGCGGCGGCCGUAACCGGGCUGGUGCAGCACUAUCGCCACAAGAGCAAGUCGCGGGACGGGAAGAGCCGCUCUAGAUCGCGCCUGCGCACUGGCGCCGAGAUCCUAGCGGCUGGUCUUGCCGGUGCCGGCGCUAAGAAGAUGUAUGACCGCCACAAGGACAAGAAGGAGGCAGAGCGCGAGCGCGAGCGCGACUUCAGUGACGACGAGUACUACGAUGAUGAGCGUGACUACAACCGCCGCAGUAGGAGCAGAAGUUUGACUCGGUCCGGACCCACGUAUCCCGACGGUGACUCUUCCUUAGCUGAUCCUGAGCUAGGCAUGGUUGAGUACGGGGCCCACCCCCUGUACGUGGACCCCCCGUACCCGGCGCACGGUGACGCGAGGGGGGGAGCGGCAGCGGGGUAUGACUCUGCGGCGGAGCAACGGAGCCGCAGGCGUCGGGGGAGCCAGGGCGGACGGAGAUCGAGAGGCGACGACGACUAUUCUGCGGAUAGCGAGGCUGAGACGGACAACGAUAGGAAGGCUGGCAAGAAGCGCAGCGGGAGCAGACUACGAGACCUUGCUGCUGGGGCUGCUGCAGCUGGCGCAGCCGCGAUUGGAAUCAAGAAACUUAGUGAGCGGAAAGAGAAGUCGAAGGACCGGGAGAGGGAGGAGCAGAAUCGCGAGAGGGACAGGGACAGGGACAAGAGAGACAGAGACAGAGACAGGGAUAGGGAGAGGGAGAGGGAGAAAGAACGGGAAAGGGGGAAGGAAAGGGACCGGCGCCGCUACGGAGACGAGGCUUCGGACUAUGACACCUACGGCGGUCGUGGGCCUUCGCCGCCGCAUGCGUCCGGAGGCUACUAUAAUCCCCCGCCGCAAGCAGCACCGCAGGUACCUCCAGCUGCAACCAAUGGCUUCACUCAACAUCCGAAUGUCCCCAUCACCAAUCUGAACCAGCAGUACACUCCCUAUCCUCCAGAUCCAAAUUACACCCCACCGAUGCCGACGGCGCCGCCAAACUCGGCUGCACUUCCGGACGGUAUCCCUCCUGGCGUGCCUCCGUCAUUGGUGCCCGGCGUACCUCCACCGACCACUCCAACAGGCCCUGAACAUGUGAGUGAAGCUUCUCGUUCCACUCCAAAGCCAGAAGCUGCCGCCCGCUCCGGUGAUGGCGGCGAAAAGGAUGGUGUAAAGCCCAAGCUCACCUGCGUCCCUCCUGUGUCUGUCCCCUCCGAGGCGGAUCCCGAGGAGCCUCGUACAGCCAAGUCGGUCACAUUCAUCCCCUUGUCUCCCAAGUCGUCUGCCACGCUACGCCGCCAUCGCGAAGAGCAAGCAAGCAAAUCCGAAAACGAGGACGCAACUAGCGAUUUCGAGGCCCACAACAGCAAAUCUCGUCGGCGUCGUAACUCCGAUCCGUCUUCGGACAGGCCACUCGUCUCCAGCCGCCGCCGGGACACCGAUUCUGAACCAGACACCGACGACGAGGACGUCAUUGAGAUGCUACCAGAUCGCUUCGACGCCCAGGGCCGUCCGCUCGACGGGUCCGGCGCUACGACCCCACGCGGCGGCUUUCCGUGGCACAGCCGGCGCGGCGACUUCGAGUACCGGAGUCCUCGUGGCGCGGAUGGGCUGAACAUGCGGGGUGAAUGGGGCAUUGCGGGGACAGAUGCUGAGACGGUGGAGCGCAUCGUCAAUCAAGUUACCGGGGUACUGGAAGGCAGGGGCAGUUGGAUGGGGCUGAUCAGCGGUAUUCUGAGCGGGAGUCUGCUGGAGCCUCCGGCAGAAUCCGGGCAAGGGCGGAUAUCAGACAAAAGGGAUCGUAGCCGGGAGGACCGAGAUGAGCGUAAGCGCAGGCGGCGGAGGGAUUAUGAGGGUGAGGACGAGGGGAGAGGCGAGCGCAGUCGGAGGAGCGACCGGAGGUGGAGGGAGGACGAGAAAGGGGAGAGCAGUAGACAUGCUGAGAGGCGGGAACAGCGGAGGAGAGACAGGGAGGAUUACGACGACUAUGACUCCGAUGAUUAUGACCGUCGCCAUGACGAAGACAUGAAACGGAGAAGGCGAGGGAGGGAGGAGCCGCGGGAUCGGGGAGUUGGGAGGGCACAGACUUGGGCUUGA